AUGGCUGGAAGCAGAGUCUCAGUCGAACAAAGGAGGAGAGGGACAGGAGAUGCGGUGUGCGCUGGGUGUGGCGGUUGCAGCUUGAUGUCGUGCUCCAUGGGCGUCCAGAUGGCUCUCCCACUGCUGCCGUCGUGCACCGCAGACGACAGGGACAGGCACCAGGACCCCCCGCCCUGUCCUGGGAGAGACGGGGCCCGUGCACACCCACCCCGGCCACGGCGCAAAACCCAUCGUUGGGGUGGAGCUGCUGUGGGAAUUAUUGCCGCGGGAAUUGCUGCUUACAACAGUACUCUUGUUGUGACAAGUGUCUCUAAACGGCCGUAUGGGAGCCGGCGGUUGGCAAAGACGAAACACGGCGCGACCGGGGGAUUGUCGUCGCUGCCAUGGGCUGGCGGGACAAGGGGCGUGGAUGACGAGGCCAAAUGUCACGGUGAUGGCCAUGGGCGCAAGCGAUCACGACAUGUGGAGAAGCGCAUCCUGCUCGUCCGGAACAAAGAUGGACACCAUGUGGAAGACGGAUAA